AUGGUUGACAAGAAUCCAAUCAGUAAGGACAGGGUGUUAGAGUGGCUAAAGGUUAAAGAGGUUCUUUCCAUAACCCUCGCAGGUUAUUUACAUCAACAUCAGUAUUGCGAUAAGUUAACAAAAAUUCUAGAAUUUUUUGGUCCGAAUUUACCACUAGACACUUUAUCCGUAAUAUGGAAAGCGCAGAUUGGAAAGGGAUCUCCGACAGUAGAUAACAUUCAUAAUUGCCUGGCAGCCGCUUCAAUUCGAUUUAGCAGUGAUCAACUCGAUCACUUGUUUAAUUUGAUACAACAAACCUGGCGAACCGAGACCAAUCAAAAUCGUGAAAAACUUCUAAUACUGAUUGGCAAAAUUGGACAAGAAGCAAGAGUUGCAAGAAUUGCGACAAAGGUGUUAGACUUGCUAUGGAGUUUAGCUCAUUUACCCACUUCAACGGCUGAUAUGGUAACACAGGCUUUGAAAUCCCACAUGGCCAUUUUAAGCUACUCUUAUUUAGUCAAAGAGAAUAUUAAGCAAGGAUACGCUAUUAAAUGUAUUGAUGAUAUCAAAAAGGGUGUUAUUCAUGAUCUUGAAAAAUCACACGACGUCAUAAAAUUAAUUACCAUUAGUCUUGUAAAAUGUCACCGUGCAGCUGUUUCUGCGUCUGGUGGUACUGGUUUAGAUGAGAAUACAAAAAUAGAUAGCCGAUAUGCAUAUGCUGAGUACCUCAACUCUCAUCUAGAUCUGCUUUCAUUUAUAUUGAAUUGCACAAACAUCUGCCUUCAUUGGCAUCGAGCACGUGAUAUAUGGAAUUGUUUGGAGUCUGAUCCUGAUGCUUGCAACUUAGAUAGAGAAACCUGCUUUGAUUGGUUCAUUACACAUAUUGGCGAUCUAGAAGAUGAAGCUAAAUCGACGAUUUUUAAUCAUCUCAUUCAAAAACUUAGUCCCUCGAAAUUAACUGUUAAAGGUUUUGAAUGCUUCAAAACUUAUUUUGAAUGCAUAAACCAGAACGAACACAAACUUAAAUGUCCAGUCCCAUUUGUGAGUAUCGUGGAAAAAAUUGACCUUACUGGCAUAAGCUAUCUAUGGCAGAUCGUUCUACAAGUGUCAAAUGAAGAAGUUGCCAAUGAAGCUAUCAAUUACUUUAUUCAGAUAACCUGCACAAAUGUUUCUUACAAGCUAAAAAAAGAUAUUGGUGGACUUCAUAAAAAAUUUAUAGCAGAAUUUCAAAAACGUCUUGAGGACGGCAUUGCAAUAUUAAAGCAAUCGAAAGUGGCCCAUGCUGUUUCUUUAACUGCUGCUAUGGUAACAGCGCCUGCAUUUCCUGAAUCUGCUGUAAAAGGAAGCAAAAGGUUAUCACAAGCUAAAGUCUUAAGUGUAGAGCGUUUGUUACUACUUGCCGAGAAGUACAUUGUAUCUGCUGAGGAGUCUUUUCCUAUCCAUAAAAGACAAUUUGUUCCUCAUGGAGUGUCGUUUCAUGAUCACCCAAUGAAACUACAUGUAACUUGUGAUAGCCAUAAAGCGGAGUUUACCGUUGAGGUCUUUACCAACGAGACGUUGUACUCUCUCCGUAGCAAGUUAGCAUCAAAAUUAAAUUAUUCGAUAGAUCAUAUCCAACUAAUUUAUCAAGAACGUUUGUUAAAUACUACCAAAGAUCACAAGCUGUUACAACAUUUAGGAUUUACUAAUGAACAGCAUAUUAAAGUGAGAACGUAUACAGCUACAGCUGCACCACCUCCUUAUUCCAAUGACGACGAAAGUUGCUUACCGAGUGUUAUUAUUUCCUCGAACCAUGACAUAUUCCAAAAACUUUAUCAAUUGACUGAGCUUGGUGAACCUAACAUUACAGAUAGGAUGGUUAGCCUAAUAAUGCUGAUUCCAACCGAUAUGUCUGUUCUAAAAGCUUUGGAUUCUAUUACGAAAAAGAAUACAAGUGCAAGCAUAAAGAAUAAUAAUUCCAGUGGAACAGACAAGUCCGAUGCUAUAUCUUCCUCAAUGGCCCAAUUUAGCAAUCUUUUUAAAUAUAAUGCUUCUGGAAUGUCAGCUUUCCGCGUUCGCUAUAAUCUAGAGGCUCUCAGUGGGAAAUUAAUGCCGGUAAAAAGCGAAGAAAGAGAUUCAAAAACUGACAUUUUUACAGAAAAUUUCUUUAACGAUUAUGGUCUUGAGAUGGUUACAAACGUUCUUAAACCGGAAAGCUUGCCAAACGAUACUGAACAUACCGUUAGACAAGGCUGCUAUAUGCUUGCUGUGAGAAUUACUUGUUUUAUGCUAACUGGCAGAAUACCUCCCGCUGUCUGUACAAACAUCGACGAUGAACGUGGUUUGGUGUUACAUACUGAUGAAAAUAAAACACAAGACACAAGUUUGAAUCAGAAUGAGAUUGAAGCUGCAGUCGCUAAAAAUAUUAUAAAGGUCUCCUUAGAAACAAUAUGUGGACCUUCAAGGAUUGAAAAAUUUAAUCAUGACCUCUUUAAGAAAAUCGGAAUAAAUCUGAUACGAAUUGUCAAGAUUGUUGCUGCGGUUAAGGCAAAGCCUGGUCAUUUAGUUUUGCCGACAACUUCGAACCUUGAUAAUACUCAAACUGAAGAUGUUUCUGAGCGAUUACAAAAGUCAAUUUUAAACGAUUUUAAGGAUGCUAUGAUAGCUCACGAAGCCUUGGCAUUUUUGGUCAUGUGCCUAUCACAACGCUUCGAUUUUAUCAAAACUUUCCUUGGAUUCGCCGACAUCGAUAACUUAGUUCUCUCAGCGCUUUUGGAAUCCCCAAAUAGUCAGAAAUUAAAGCAUAUUGACAAAGCAAAGUUAACUAUUUAUUAUACUUAUAUAGGAAAAUCUACAGAAAUUAAUUUACUAUAUGAUGCACUAGUUAAUGCUAUUAUCAAAACUCGUGUGCCUUUUUGGUCAACAAAUGCACAAUUGAGAGGCUCUAACGCAAACCUACCUGAACAUUGCUCACAGUAUUUCGCUUUACGCUGCAAGUUGUUAUAUAAGAUGUCGUUAUCAACACAGAAGCGUCUUAAAGUUGAUCCUAAAGACAUGUUGCUACAGGAGACUAUUUGGCUUGGAAGUACUAGCCUUACUGAUAGCACAGGAGAAGGACCAAAGCGGCUAUUAACUGGUCAUUUACAGCUAACCAAGACACUCUUGACUUGUGAAGGCUUAAAUAAGCAGACUUUUGGCGAGAAACUAAUUCCCAAUCUGAUUGAUAACUUCCUCUUUCCGGCAUCAAACGCAAUGCUACAGUACAAAAAGAAUAACAAUUCAGUAGUCGAGAGCAUCAGUCCUAUAUGCACAACUUCAUGGACUUUGCUACAUACCUAUGAUGUUCUUAAUGUGCUAGCGACUGAAUCUAUCGAGAACUUAAGCAAUAUUGUAUCACGACUAAUUGAAAUGCAUCAUACUGCCGAUCCUGAAUUAUCGAAAGUCUGGAAUUAUCAACCUCCUAUAGCGCCAAUAGCGGACUGCGGACUUGUUGGAUUAAAAAAUGCUGGUGCAACAUGUUAUAUGAAUUCUGUGAUACAGCAAUUAUAUUUUCAACCUGGAAUAGCUGAGACCGUUUUAAGCGUCGAUGAAGAGACUUUCAAGGAUAGCAGCGACGGAAAUAUCUUGUAUGCUAUGCAGCUACUUUUUGGGCAUUUAAUGGAAAGCAAACUCCAAUAUUAUACACCAGAUCAUCUAUGGAAGAAUUUUAAGCUGUGGGGUAGACCUAUUAAUUUACAUGAACAGCAGGAUGCAUUUGAAUUCUUUGUUAACUUGGUUGAUCAAAUGGAUGAACAGCUUAAGCAAGCAAACUGCAAUCAAAUUUUUAAAGAGACCUUUUGUGGAAAUUUGACCAAUCAAGUCGUUUGUAAAGAUUGCCCACAUAAAUAUGAGCGCGUUGAACAAUUUUGGACUUUAAACCUUGGAGUAAAGUGUCGUACUCUUCAGGAAUCACUUGAGCAAUAUGUCAAAGGAGAAUUACUAGAAGGCGAUAACGCGUACAUGUGUGAAAAAUGUCAAUCAAAGAGAAACGCAAUAAAGCGACUAUGUAUCAAGACGUUACCGCCAACGUUAGUAGUUCAACUGAAAAGAUUCGAUUAUGAUUGGGAAAUCGGAAGACCAAUCAAAUUUGAUGAUUAUUUUGAGUUUCCUUGGGUCUUAAAUAUGGAGCCGUAUACUCUUGACGGAAUAAUCUCUCGUGAAAAGAGUCCCCAUGUACAGGAAGACGAUGCGAACAGUGAUACAAGUAGUACUGAUAGCAAUAGUUUGCCAUCUCAAAGGCCGAAGAAUUAUGAAUUGGCUGGUGUGGUCGUUCAUAGUGGUCAGGCGAAUGCAGGACAUUAUUAUUCAUUUGUUAAGGAUCGCCGAACUCAAAUUUGGUAUAAGAUGAACGAUAUGACCGUUGAAGAAUUUAAUAUGUCAGCGGCAACAUUAGAAUCUGAGUGUUUCGGUGGAAGUUAUCAACCGAAGAGCAAUGACGCAUAUCCUUCCUAUCAAGAUAUACGUCAUGCUAACAAAUAUUGGAGUGGAUAUAUGUUAUUCUAUGACGCGGUAACAGAUUACGGCAAUGACAAAUUAAUGCUAUCUAGAUCUUUGGAUAGCCGGUCUGAGGGUGCUCGGUUCACAUGUACUUUAUAUUUUAGGUCCGAUUCUUCUGUUCCAGAUUCUCCAUCCUCUCUAAAUCUUGCUAAUGACGGAUUUAGUCAAUUAGCUGCACUAGUUAAGCGAGGGGAAAGGAAGGGGCUAUUCAUGAACAAGAUGCCUGCAAGCAUUCAGAGAAUCGUACAUGAGGAAAACUUACAUUUCAUGAGAAAUCAAUCAAUAUACAACUCGAACUAUUUUAAAUUCAUUCUUAAUUUAACAUCAUGCAAUUUUAGCACAAAUAACAUGUCUUCUGGAUUAGUUGUCUGGAGCCUUAAAUUGGCAGUUAAUUUUCUUGUGAAUACUUACUUCAAAGUUAGAGAAGAACUUAGAAAUUGUCAGUUGGAAUGGAAUAACUGCAUGGAGAAAUUAAUCACGGCUUGUGAUGAAUCCUGUUUAUGGUUUCUUUCUUAUUUAAGUGAUGGAUAUGGCGAAACUUGCCUGAAGUUAUUACUGCUGGAGUGUCCAUCGGAUAGUGUUCGAGAAAGCUUUGCAGGAAUGCUCCAGCAAGCAAUAAAUCGCUUUUAUAGUUGUAAACGCUUAGAACAGGCGGUGAGCAACAUGCAUUCUUUACUGCACGUGCUUGCAAGAGAUGUCCCUGAUUACUAUCGAAGUUGUUCUCAAUAUUUUGGAUUACUAAGUGCUAUAACCAAAAUGCGAUUUGCUAUUCUUCGGCAAAACAAUUUAAUAAUUCGACUAUAUCUCGCAAUUUUUAAGCGAAUCUCAUCAGGACGCCGGUGGUCUGCUUUACAAUCUAGAGAAUUUUCUUCAAUACAUAUCACUAUCUGUAACUUGAUCAUUAACUGUGAUGUUUCUACUCAACAUACAAUAGUACACUCUAUAAAAUUACCGGAUAUCAACAAUUAUCCGACGGAGUUACAGCCCAUGUCUUCUGCAGUAAAUGACAUCAUUUUUGGUAUUGAAGGAGUCAAAUACUUUCACGAGGCUUUACUAGCUUGCUGCGAAGUGGUAGGAAUUACUGCAUCAGUUACCAAUAUGCUGGUACACUGUUGUUGGUGUAACGAAACAUUUUCGACCAUCGUUUUGGCGAAGCUAUUGGCUCACUUAUCGAUGGCUCCUUCAAAUGAAUUAAAAAAUUUAUUUACUAUCUUAACUAGAUUAACGCUGCUUGAUGAUUCUCUGAAAGUUAAAAGAUUUAAAACUAUAGUUGACGGUCCAGAAAAUAAUGGUUUAUUAGCGACUAUUAAAUCCAAUUAUCAAACCGACAGUAGAAGAGCGUAUCAGUGCAUCAAAUUUUUAGUCAGUAUGGCAAACAAAGAUGAAAUCCUACGAAAGCAUUUGAUUGAAAAUACUAAUCGGUGGCACUGGGCAGUUCAAUGGCUGAAGAAAAAAAUGUCCGAAUCUUGGACUUCGCAGUCUGCUGUUUCCAAUGAGUCUUCUACUAGCAAAGUUUUGCAAAGAACAAUUAGUGCUCAAGAUACUCUUGCAGAAGCAACUGCACUUUUAUCGCAGAUUGAAUCGAGUGGAAUUGCUCAUGGUGCAAUUUCCGAACUGGAUUCGCAAGAUUCUUUACAAGAAGACAGUGAAGUGGAUGAAUUGUACAAUGAGAACGGCGAGAAAGGUGGUAAAAACGAGGAUUCUGCAGAUGAGUCGUCUCGGCAAGGUUACCAGUUCUAA